CUGUGCUCAUUUCGCAUUUGAUUUCAUUCGUGAAAUGUGCGUUGUGCGGUGAUGACGCUAACGAACAUUUAGCACAGCAAACUAAAUUUAGAAAGCACAACGUGGACGCCGACGAUGAGCAGCACCACUUACAAAAUCUGUCGCCAACUGCAGGCAAAGUUUGCGGCCGCGUAGCAAGCACCAGCAGGAAAUGUCCCACGAAUAUCAAUAGCAGAUAUACACGCUAUAUCUAAAAAAAAAAAGAAAAAAAAUCAAUCCAAACCAAAUCCGGCAACCACUGCAAUCCACUCCAAUCCGGAAACGAGGAGCGGAUAGAGAGGUCCAGGUCCAGGCCCCCAUCAGUUCCUAUGCAGCAAGCAUCGAGUUUAAAUGAAAUUGAGCAAGAGCCUGGCAAACUGUCGCGCCAUCCGGCGAUAUUUGCUCAUCUUCACGGUCGUCUCCCUGCUCCUGCUGCCCCUGUCCUUGGUCUACCUGGUGUGGAACGAGCAGCUGCAGAAGAUCCGAGGAUUCGAGGCUUUUAAUGUGCAGCAGCAGCCGCCGCAGCAGCAGCAGCAGCAGCAGUUACAUCCGCAGCAGGGGCAGCAACAGGAGCAGCAACAUGGCCAGCUUCCGUAUCCGGUGGUCCGGUAUCCGGUGCUGCUGCUAAACAAGAACAAGAACAAGGAUCUCACCGUGGUGGCAACGGGCAAGACUAAGAACAAGUGGCGCUAUGUCGAUAAAGACAGCAACCAGACGCUCCUGCCCCUCAUUCCCGAGUAUGCCGUGCAGACGCUUUCGCCGCAGGAAAUGCUUCAGGUGGAGCAACGGAUGGACCAGCGAAGGGAGCGGCUGAGGGACAAGUGCUCCGCCUACGGCCUGGACGUCCUAGGUCACGACUCGUGGCACACCCCGAAUACGUGGGAAUUUCUGGUCAACAAAAAGUAUCACAUUAUAUGGUGCAAUGUCUUUAAGGCAGCCUCCUCAUCCUGGAUGUUCAACUUUAAUGUCCUGGCCGGCUAUUCACCCAGCUAUUUGCGAAAAACCAAAAAGAUUCUCCUCAAUCUGGCCAGGGAGCGCUAUCCCCGUGUGACCCUCGACGAGCUGCGUGAGGCGCAGAAUUACUCGCUGACCUUUAUCAUAGCACGCGACCCCUUCGAACGGCUGUUGAGCGCCUAUCGGGACAAGAUGGUGUUCGCCCUGCCCUACUCCUUCCACGAUAAGUUGGGACGCAGCAUUGUGCGUAAUUAUCGCAAGAAGCCAGCGUUGGCUACCCGUGCGGCCAACACAAAGUUCCCCUCGUUCCCUGAGUUUGUCCACUGGCUGCUCGACCAGGUGAAGCGGGGCUUCAUCGACAUGCACUUCGUGUCGGCCACCUCCUUCUGCACGCCCUGUCUCAUCCGGUUCGACAUGAUACUGAAGUUCGAGUCGCUGGCGGAGGAUCAAUUAUAUCUAAUCGAAAAGACUGGCCUGAAGCGGGUGAUAGCGCCCGUGUGGCGCAACAUGGGCAAGGGCCGCAAGACGCACGAGCUCCAGCAGCAGUUCUACGCGCAGCUGACGCGCCAAGAGAUGCUGGAGCUCUACGAGUAUUACAAAUACGACUUUGAGCUAUUUGACUACGACAUCCAGGAGUAUCUGCAGGUGGCCCGGCCGGACGUGGCCGAUAGUCCGGCGAGCACAAAGAAUUAGCCCGGCUAUGAAUAUUAGACUUUGCUAAUUAGAAAAUACCAAUGAAUCAAGUUCAACGAACUCACAUAUUAGCCGUCACAGUACGUAAUUGCAAAUGUUGAUAAUACUGAAGGAAAACAAUAAUAAACUUAACUACAUUUAAAUGAAA